AUGAAUCCCGCUGAGGCUGCGCAGGGCCCAGGCCUUAUUGGUGCUUUCCUGAACGUGUUCUUGUUCGGGAUUGUGACCGCCCAAGUCUUUCAUUAUUAUUCAACGUACAAGAAGGAUCGUAUUUGGAUUAAAUUAUACGUCGCUGUGCUGUACGUGGCGGACCUGCUGAACUCCAUCUUUGACAUAUACUGGUUGUAUAAUGAUCUUGUCGCGCAAUUCGGCAAUGUUGCCAAUCUCAACGACGCGAAUUGGCGCAUCGCCACUGACCCUGCAAUGGUCGCGAUCAUUGCAACCGGCGUGCAGCUCUUCUACGCGUGGAGAGUAAAGGUUCUCAUGAAGAGUUGGUGGGUUGCCAGUCUCAUCAUCGUAACCGCCGUCAUUUCUUGCUGUGGCGGUCUCGGCGUUGCCAUUGCCGUCGUCUGGGUGCAGCAUUACAGCGACUUCAGCAAAUUCGACCAGACCGGCGCGAUUUGGCUCGUAUCUACUGCUGUCUGUGACACUACCAUUGCUGUUGCGCUAACAUGGCAUCUGAGACGAUACAAGACGGGUUUUCAACGUACAGACGAUAUCUUGAACAAAAUUGUCCUACACACUUUUUCGACCGGAGCUAUUACGGCCAUCUGGGCAAUAAUCGAUCUUAUCCUAUUCCUGAGUAUCUCAACGGGAAUACACCUUAUUUUCAACUUGCCACUCGCCAAGCUCUACACUAACUCUCUCAUGUCAAGUCUCAACUCACGCUCUGGCUGGAAGUUCGGCGCUGAGCUAGACCGCGAUGCGCGGAAUACGAGCGAGCCCGUUAAGAGCUCCGCAAUGCCCGAGUUCUUGCACCUGUCGACACACGCCGCAGCAUCACGUCCAGAGGUACAAUCCUGCCCGCCUGCAUCGUUGGACUUCCCAGAGACUAACGUCCCAGAGCAGGUUAUGGUGCACGUCGAGUCACAUGAGAUGGUCGAUGUGUCGAAUGAAGCUAAGUGGCCCGUUGAGACACGCGGCAAGCGCACCUCGACACCUGUGUACAAGGUGCAAGCUAUGGUGUAG